AUGUGCACGGUUACGAAUUCUUACGGAGCCUUUCCCGACCGCUCUAUAUGCGAAGCGGCCAAGGUGGAGUACCCGAAGACCGAGGCUGAACUCGUCUCUGCGGUAGCUGCAGCCACUAGAGCCGGCCGAAAAAUGCGGGUCGUUUCUCGGUACUCACACAGCAUACCCAAGCUCGUUUGCACUGACGGCAAAGACGGGAUUCUCAUAAGCACCAAGUUUCUAAACAACGUGGUGCGAGCAGACCGGGAAGCCAAGACUUUGACGGUUGAAAGCGGCGUGACACUAAGACAGCUGAUCGGAGAAGCGGCUAAGCUGGAGCUGGCUUUACCAUAUGCACCGUAUUGGUGGGGACUUACGGUUGGAGGAAUAAUGGGGACAGGUGCUCACGGAAGUUCGCUUUGGGGUAAAGGAAGUGCGGUUCAUGAUUACGUGACCGAGAUAAGAAUUGUGAGUCCCGGUUCGGUUUCCGAUGGUUAUGUGAAGGUUCGUGUUCUUAGUGAGACGGUGAAUCCUGAAGAGUUCAGAGCAGCCAAAGUUUCUUUAGGCGUUCUUGGUGUUAUCUCCCAGGUAACUUUCGAAUUGCAACCAAUGUUCAAGAGAUCGUUAACUUAUGUUAUGAGAAAAGAUUGGGAUUUUGGAGAUCAAGCCGUGACUUUUGGGGAAAAGCACGAGUUUGCAGAUUUCAUAUGGUUACCGAGCCAAGGCAAAGUGGUGUAUAGAAUGGACGAUAGAGUUCCCUUCAAAACUUCUGGCGAUGGCUUGUUCGAUUUUUUCCCAUUCCGUCCGCAACUCUCCACAGCCUUAGCCGUCAACAGAUUAGUAGAGGAGAGUGAAGAGGCAUCUGCAGAUGCAAACAGGAGGUCUGGAGGUGGUAGAAGAGUGAAGAGAGGGUGCUUGAAGAGAAGCUGUCCUUUUGGAGCAUUCCUGCGAAGAACACUCAAGGCGAACAGUCCCGAGACUAUUCUCAAGCGGAACAAGCAGACGGAGUGAUCCCGAGGUUGUUCCCGACAAAUAAGGAAGCUCCUAUUUCGGGAA